UUCCUCAGAUAGUUGUUGUGGUGGCCUUAGGAGAGAUGGAAGAGACGGGGCAGCUUAAAAGAGCUUUUAUAGAUGCUUCGGCUGGUGCAAUUUCUGGUGGUAUAUCCAGGACUGUAACAUCACCUCUUGAUGUUAUUAAAAUCAGAUUCCAGGUUCAACUGGAACCCACUACCCAGUGGGCCUUACUUACAAGAACUGUAUGUGGCAAUUCCAAUUCAAAAUACACGGGGAUGUUGCAAGCCAGUAGAGACAUACUCAGAGAAGAAGGUUUACCGGGAUUUUGGCGGGGUAACGUCCCUGCUUUACUGAUGGUUAUGCCAUACACUGCAAUACAAUUUGCGGUGUUGCACAAGUUGAAAACUUUUGCUAGUGGCUCUUCAAAGUCAGAGGAUCACGUUAACUUGAGCCCUUAUCUUUCUUACAUCAGUGGAGCAUUAGCAGGCUGUGCAGCUACUGUUGGUUCUUAUCCAUUUGAUCUUUUGAGAACCAUUUUAGCUUCUCAAGGAGAGCCAAAGGUUUAUCCAAACAUGAGGGCUGCAUCUGUUGAUAUAUUCAGAACUCGUGGCAUUCGAGGACUGUAUUCUGGAUUGACACCUACUCUUGUUGAGAUUGUUCCUUAUGCUGGUUUGCAAUUUGGGACUUAUGAUACAUUCAAACGCUGGAUGAUGGCCUGGAAUCAUCUUAGAUCUUCUAAUGCUAUCCAUGGUGAUGAGCAAGUGUCAAGCUUCCAGCUUUUCAUCUGCGGUUUAGCUGCUGGGACAUGUGCGAAAGCUGUCUGUCAUCCUCUUGAUGUUGUCAAGAAGAGGUUCCAGAUUGAAGGACUACAAAGACAUCCAAGGUAUGGAGCUCAACUGAAGCCUCACGCCUACAAGAAUAUGUAUGAUGGCCUCAGGCGGAUCUUGAUCGAGGAGGGUUGGGCCGGACUUUACAAAGGGAUUGUUCCCUCAGUUAUUAAAGCUGCACCUGCAGGUGCUGUGACAUUUGUUGCUUACGAGUAUACAUCAGACUGGUUAGAGUCCAAAUUGACUUGAAGCAUACAUAGCACUUUUUCUUACUUCCUCGUCAUUGGUGGUGGCAACUGGAAAGGGCCUCUGAUAUUUUUGAGCUCGUUUAUUUUUUUGUCAUUCUUUUUCUCCUUGCAUCUUAAGAAGGUCCAAAGGAAGUAAAAAGUCGGGCCAUAAUUGACACUUGUUGCAAGAUGAGGAGUAUAUAGGUUUUAUUCAGUUGAAUGACGUCUUUUUUGUCUGUUCAAGAAGACACUGAGCUCCUUUGUUGGCGACCACAAUUUCUCAUGCCUUGACAAUAUGAGAGGUUUGUUGGAAGCUCUUGGUGCUUCUUUUUUCUCUUUUGGAUCUCCCUUAGAUGCUUUUUAACUGAUUCACUCUAUAAGGCCAUCCGUAUAUAAUGCUGGAGCCAAUCAUUGAGUCAAGUUUGCCUUCGAUUAA